UCAUCGAUCUACGGCGCCGUAAAGUGUUGCAGCAGCAGUAAACAUGUGGAGAGUUCAGUAGCCAAAUAAAACACAACACCUGAUGGAGAACUACGUCAAGUCUCGGACGGUGGAGGCGCCGGCCGUCUGUCCGUUCCCCGGCCUCGCCGCCGACACGCCGGAGGUCCGCGUCAAAGACGGCAGCAAGAUCCGCAACCUGAUGCGCUACGCCCUGAGCCGCGUGGAGGCCAGACCCCGGGGGGCCGAGGACGAGGGCCGGCCCGCCGCGCCGCCGCCGGAGGAGGAAGACGGGGCCACGGAGGGGCGGCAGGAGGCGCCGGGGUCGGGGUUGGGGCCGGGGCCGGGCCGGACGCCCUGCAGACAGAUCGUCUUCACGGCGAGCGGUAAGGGCGUGUCCAAGGCCAUCACCUGCGCCGAGAUCGUGAAGCGGCGCGUGAAGGGGCUCCACCAGCUCACCAGGCUGCUCUUCAGCACCGUGCAGGAGGUCUGGGAGCCGCUGGAGCCCGCCGCCGGCCUCGACAGCCUCACCGUCAGCAGGAACCUCCCCAACAUCUGGAUCCUCCUCUCCAGGGACCCGCUGGACGCCAGCCAGCCCGGCUACCAGGCCCCGGGGCGCUACGACGCCCUCUGGGCCCAGACCGCCGCCAGGGAGGAGGCGGCACAGAAACCAGGACACAAGAGGAAGAAAGGAGCUGGUGGCGGCGGCGGUGGUGGUGGCGGCGGCAGAGGGCGGGGACCCGGCCGGCAGACUGGGCGGCCCAGAGAACCCCCUAAAGGACAGAGUUAGGGUUUACAGACUGCACGGACUUUAAACGAAGCUGUGAAGAUUCAACGAGUGAUUAUUUUCAUUAUCGACGAUAAAAUGUUUGAGAAACUGGAAUGAGACGUUUUUUUGUUUUUUUUUUGUUAAAGUUUUUAUUCCAUUUGUUAUAGGUCAAACAUCAUACAAAAGACAUCAAACUUCCACACAAACAAAUCGACCAUAUUAAACAAAAAUACAUAGAAUAAAAACAAAAAAUGCAUUUAUAUGUAAAUAUACAUACUUACACAGAUCCCAGCCUGGAUGAGAGGUUUGAAAGCUUUUUCUGCAUGAAUUAAACGACUUUAACGAUGAGUUCUCUAAACAGUUUACAGAGGAUUUUACUGCUGAAUUGUUGCAGCUCUAGCAGGAACAUGAAGAGAAGACACUCGGUGGACACUCGGUGAGGACCUGGGGAGGUUCCAGUGAAUCAGAGCUGAUUCAGGUUGUUUCAGACUAUAAACAAAGCUGUAAAAGCAACAAGUGAUUAUUUUUAUUAUCGAUGAAUCGUUUAGUCUAUAAAAUGUCAAACAGUGAAACACGUCUCGUCCCAGUUUCUCAGAGUCCCAGAGGACGUCUUUAUGUGUCUUGUUUUGUCCAACGACAGAAGACUUUCAGUUUAAUAUGAAUCAAAACAGAGAAAAGCAGGAAACCAGAACACGUCUGAGAGGAUGGAAAACACUUUUUCUGUAUGAAAAUUAAAUGAAUUAAAGAAGAUU